AUGUUGGUUGACGUUAACGGCAAGGAAGUGAAUAACGACGUCUCUGCAGCUAAAAAGGCUAUUCGACAGAGUAUCAUUGAAAAGAAAAAUGUGGUACUCAAGCUCGAACGGGAUGUCACACCACUGAAGAUGAUCUCGACUCCAGCCGAUGAUGUGCUUGCCAUACUUAAGCGCCAGAGGGGCUUCUGGAAGCGUCGGUCUAAGUUCGAGCCUAUUGAAGAGGAAGAACCAGGGAAGCCGAAGAGAGGUACUCGAAUAAGUGAAAAGGAGUCAUUGGGUAAUUCUUUAAAUUUCAGUAUAUCAUGUGCCCAACGUUGAGUCCGAGCCAUUGCCAGUUGAUGAUACGGGAAAGAAACUGGUUGCAACACCGAGUCGGGAUGGUGGGACGCGCACUGAAGAACCGGUGGAGACGGCCGAGGAGGAACCUGCCACAGAGGAGGAAGAAUUCUAAAGAGAUAAAAAUGAACUGAAUAUAAUAUCUAAACUCAUAUUUUCCUUUGUUGUUAUCUUGCAUUCAUUUAUAUGUUGUAUAUUUCCUAAAUUUCCUUGUGUGUAAUAUGUACAUAUGUCUCAUAAUAUAUUCUAUUAGAUUUGUUGUAAAUUUGUUUUGUACGUGUUUUUGUAAUAAAUUUGUAAAAUAUUUGCAAUCUUCAAUGUUUUCCUAAUGGUCGGUUAGAGAAGGAAAGUUGGGUGAAAGACCGGCUCUAUUCGAAAACAGUUCCGGCAUUCAAAUUUUCUUUCAAAGACCUUUUGACUUACGAUGGUUACUUAACCACCUUAUUCUACGGCUCAAUAGUUAAUUUUUCGGCUCUCGUUUUCGGUACCAAUUUUUCUUUUAAUUUUGACUUAAA